CUAUAUAUGUACAUAGAUAUGUAUGAAAGUAAAUAAUUUAUUCGUAAAACACAAAAAACAGCUGAUACUGGUGUUCUGCUUAUCGUAUAUUGCAUUAACUGGCGACGCUGCUUAUCUAAUGGGAAAUGGAAACAAUUAAAAUACGUGGCGAGGGCACAGUCUGCUUAUGAGAUGAAAGUAUAUAAAUUGCGCCAUUCCCACGACAAUUGGGUCUACGUAACCGGAGCGACCCAAAUUAAUUCCCAAAAACUCCUGUGGAGGACUCAUGUUGAGGCGUCCACUUCCAAGGCUAUGAGAGCGCUGAUGAUGUGCAAAUGUCUCGUGAUGAAAUACUGGGGAUGGACCCCAUCAUGAUUGUAUGUACGAGCAAUAAUAACUUUUGUGGCAGCGGCUUUGGCUUCCAUCACUACUCUAGCAACAGUAACGCAGGUUUCUCGCCAAGAUUCAAUGUCUGACGUGUUUGUAUCACUGAACCUAGGAGCACAUGUCCGAAGGUAGCGCUGGAAAUAAUCCUUGAACUGUAGCCACUUCAUCUUACUGUUGAACAAGCGGCAAGGCGAACUCUCCUAAACUUCGCGAGUGAGCGCUUUGCCAAAGCGUCAUCUGCAGGAAAACAUAGCGAACUGCUAUUACAAAAAACAAAACGAGCGAGCAAAUAUCGAACCAUGGGCGUAGAAUUUGUUUUGUGAAAAAAUUUUGAUUUCCUAUAUUUGCAUCCGUUUUCCUUACAAAUCGCCACUUAUUUUGACGCAAUGCACGAUAGCGAUCUGGUGGAAAAUGCAGAUAGUGUUAAUUACCUCAUAACAGAGCUUUGUCGCAGUCUCGCAAGCCAGCAUGGAUUGGAGGAGCCCGAAUGCAGCACAGCUGUCAGAAAACUGAAGCCACUUGCCUUUGAAAUCCUGCUAAAAAAGUCAACACAGCCGCAUUCCUAUCCGCCAGCAGAUGAUGAGUCCGAAUUCGAUCCACAACGUGCUGUUGAUAUGCACAUCUUUGCCGCCAAGCUCCAUUCGCGCGCCGAUUCACAGGUUUGUGCGCGCUAUGAGGCGCUCGAACAGCAGAUGGCAGACAUAAGUCAUGUGCCGUAUUUUACUGACGGUCCGGGCCGUGGUGUGCUGCAGCUGUUGCUCUUGCUGCAAGGUAACGUGCGAGAAGAGGAGCAAGUACCUGUGCCAAGUCCGCCCGCGUUACUGGUGCCCGGACCCUUUACGCUCUUCGCCAGCUAUGAGAAUAAUCGAUACUACCCGAAGCCACAAAUAUGCGAUUGGUUGCAUCCACAACCGCGUUUUUUCAAAGGAGUGCAAGACGUUAAGGCUUUGAACAAUCCAUAUAUGCCGAAAUACUUGCUGGGCGAAGAAUGCAAUUUGCUGGCAAAAAUAGAGCAGAAGUAUGGUGCUAGGGUAGACCGCCGGCCAGCUACAGCACAAGAUUGCACUUUUACGGCCAUGACUCGUCGAUUGCUAGGAGCUUCGGUGCGCGUGAAUAUGAAUGCUUUUCGAUUGUUGACCGAUUGUGAACCACAGUCUGCGGAGAAACUGAAUUUUAAGUUUAAAAUGCCCUUUCCACGUGAACCUGUGCCUGUGAUUGAAAAAACAGCCAGUAUUAAGGAAGAGCCUCGUAUUUUAUCCUGGAAUUGGCAAAGUUUGGGCUGCCGUGGUGUGCUGCGUCAGCGACCCUUCGCCAGUGAAGCGGAAGUGAUGAUCGACCUCAAGUGCCAUUUGUGGCAAGUGCAUGGACGCAAGUUCGAAGUGAGUCUCAUGAGCUGCGUCGACUUUAUGCACGAUCUUAAGGCACUAACUGCUGGAAUACAGUCGGAGACAUUUCAGCAUGACGAGCAAAUGGUGUUUACCAUGCGGCCAAAUAUUACUGUAGAAGGCUUGCUGCCGGAGACGGUUAGAAGCUAUGCGGAGAGCUUCUUGGACUGUGGCACCUGCUACAAGCGGCUGAAUACGAUGAUACAGAAGAAGGACUAUAAGUUCAUGUUUGAGGGAUUUAUAUUUCGGGCACUUUGCAGCGCUAUCGAUGAGUACCUGCUCACUUUUCGCCAGUACGUGUUUGCGCAUCAUGAUGACACCUUAAUUGCUUACUAUGCACGCAUGCGCAAAAUUAUGCGGCAAAUAAGCAAUUUGUCAUUUACGCUGGCCAUACACACGGAUGUUGAUUCACAUGUUACUCUGCCUAUGGGAUCGCAGUUUCUGGGCUACCUGUACCGCGAGAUAGUACACACCACCGAGAAGGACUAUAUAAUGCUGUUGGUUUACAUAUUAAAGUCGUGCUGUCACGUCUACUUCAAGCAUCUGCAGAAAUGGAUUUACUAUGGGCUUUUGGACGAUCCCUCCAAUGAGCUUUUCAUCUGCUUCGUGGACCACUAUCGGCCCAAUACUAAGUACUUCUAUGACAAGGCCUACUUUGUGCGCAAGGAGUCUGUGCCGGGCUUCUUUCAAGGCUACGAAGACGAUAUUUUGCAGUGUGGAAAGUACACGAUGUUGCUGAAAGCCUACAAACCGAAUCACCCACUUUUCACGCUUGACUACCCACUUAUUUCCGUGUGCCUCACCUACGAUGAGAUUCAGCGUCUAAAAAGAAAAUGCGUGAAGUAUAGAGAGCGCGCACAAGCAGCUUGUGGCAUAGCAGAAGUCAGCAUUCGCCGAAUAUUCGAGGCACGUUCCGCCAUGAAGCGCGAAUUCUACCAACGCGCCUGCAAACGCACCCGUGAGAAUCUCGAAAAAUGGUCACUAGAGCAGCAUGACCGCGCCUUGCUGGCUGCCGAGCAGAAGAGGCGGCGCCACCAUGAGUUGACGACACAGCUGCAAGAUGCAAAGCAGCGCAAAAUCGAUGAGCGCCGUGCCAAUGUGGAGUUGGAGUUGCGCUUGCUGCGCGAAACCGAGAAGAUAGAAGAGCAGCGACUGUUGCGUGAGAAUAUUAACCUACGCAAGCGCAUUGAGUACUAUCAAGAGCUCAGCGAUAUGAUGCGAAAGGAUGAAAGCGAAAAAGUGGCGCCAAAUCAGCCAUCUGAACCACAAGCCAAACAGGAACAGCCGCCGAAAUUGAGUCCGCAGAGUGAUGGCAGCGCUGAUAGCGCACACGCGCCGCAGACUCCCUGCAGCGGCGGCAGCGGCGGCACCGAGACGGACUUUGAGUCGUGCUGCGACGAGGAGGGCAAGGUUGGCGAUGCCCAAGUUGAUGCGGACGCUGAUGCUGACUCAGCGUCGCUGUAUGCCGAGUGCUUGUCAGAGGAGUUUGAGCAAAAAUUUGUGGAGAACGAAAAUGAGCUGAAAACGAUUUGUGCCAAACUAGUGUGCAGUGAUAGCCCGCUCGAGACAGAUAAGACAUUAGUGUUGCUAGAAGAACCUGCGGCUGGCGCGACGCAGGAAGUCAGCUCGGAUGCUAGUUUAGAUAGUGCAUUGGGCUUUACACAAUCAGACACUACUGGCCUCCUGGUAGAUGCGUCCAAAACAACAUUCCUGAAGCGUAGCGCCUCUGACGUGAUUAAUUCGAAUGAGCUGCCAAUGGGCGGUAAUGCGAGACAAACCAUCAGAGGCACCACAGUGACCAUUUGUCCGGCACCCACUGCGCUAGCCCCACCAGCAAACGAGAGACCAAUCACCGAGGCUCAGCGCAACAAGAUACGCGUUCUCGCUCACGAAUUUGGCACCUAUUGCUCAACCACACCCCAGCAGCCAAUCCAACCUGACAUCAAUCUGAAUACGCUCCCGGACAGCGAGUUGACGGACUUGCAGCGCAACCGCCGACGCAUGAUGCAGAACGAUCUUUUCGCUGAAUACAACAAAAGCCCGCUAGCCGACCGCGCACAUCUCAAUCUCAACUUGGACACAGAACGCGCACGCAAUCGACGUCGUGUGCUAGAGAGCGAAUUCGAUAUACUCACCGGAAAGACGCCCUCAGAGCAGGCAGCCACACCGAUGUCCACCACCUCUGAUACGCCGCUCACAGAGAGUACUUCGGAGCUGACUGCCGCAAUUGCCCAGCAAAGUGAUCGCGCUAACGGUAAUACGCCCACGAAGAUGCCUCUAAAAAUUAAUGUUCAGUUGGCGAAUGAGCAGCAGCCAAAAGCAGUGGAAGGGGUGUCCUCCGGCGCUGGGUUGCUCGGCUGCCAAACUGCGGACGCCCAUGAUCCAUCUGCGACACCUGAAAGCGCGCUAAACACCGCCGGCUUGCAGGCCAAGCACGGUUUUGAUUUUGUUGACGCUGAGCGCGAGAAGAAGCAACAGCAAGCAAUAGCUAUGGAGGCGCCCAUACAGCCGGACGCUAUGUCUGUCUCCUCAGGUGCCGAAUCAGAAGAGGAACUCGCCAUACCAGUGCAAGAUGACAGCGAUCCCUACAAACGUAGUCGGGAGCUGCUCGAUAGCAACUUCACCUGUGCCACGCGCAGCCCUUACAUGCGCCUGAACAUGAGUACCACGCCAAUGGUAGUGGCGGGCAGAAAGUCACGCGAGUCGCUGCAGCAGUUGAAGGUCAACAGCAUGAGCGUCAUAACGCUAACAGAAUUUCUACAAAAAUCCGUCAUAUUGCCAAUGACCACACAUCUCGGUUUGGUCAACAAUGAGGUGAUGCGUUUGUUUCUCGAAGAGCUGCGGAUCCUGGAUCACCUUCGUAGCUUGCGCCACUAUUUUUUCCUGAUGGACGGCGAAUUUGGCUCGAUUAUUUGCGAUGGCAUCAUAGGUAAGCUGGAGAGUGGGGCUACACCUGCGAAGCUGCUCAACUACCAGAUGCUGCAUUCUAUACUCGACACCGCGCUUGUAUCGAGCAUCACGGGCAAUGACAAAAAUGCCGAGAAUCUCUCCUUCACCAUCAGUGAUGUGCCUCAGAAAUUCGAUCUCACCAAUCCGGGCGUGUUAAACGUGCUCAGCCUAAGCUAUCGCAUCGAAUGGCCGCUGAAUCUCAUACUCAGUCCCGAAACGCUCGAACAGUAUGGCAACAUAUUCAAAUAUCUCAUCAAGGUUCGUCGCAUCAGUUGGGUAUUGGAGCGGGCCUAUCAGUUGCUCAAGGAGGCUGUGAAGAAGCAUGGCAAGCAAAUACUAAAAUCGCCGCAAUAUCGGCACGUGCAACUGAUGCGCCACAAAUUCUAUCACUUUGUGCAUGCACUGCAGAAUCACAUCACCGCUAAUGCAUUGCAAGCGUCGUGGAAGACAUUCAAAGAUGACCUGCUGCAGGCAAAGUCCAUCGAGGACAUCUAUCGUAAGCAUACAACCUACGUGAAACGUAUUCUCUUCCUUUGCAUGUUGAAUCGACACAGCGCCGAGUUUUACAAUACCAUCGAAAGUAUAUUCAAAAUCUCGCUGAAGUUCUACAACAACUUGAAGUCGCGCGAAUUCAAGCAACGCAGCGGCGACGAGCACUUUACGCAUUCGCGCUACGAAAAACUCGCCAACGAUGAACAGGAAUUUGAUAAAUUCAUCAAAUUCACUAUAUAUUUGGGUAAUAAGAUUGUGCGUCAUGGCUAUCAGGAGGAGAUUGGCCAGUUGAUUGCCUUGAUUAAUUUCAAUCAGUACUACAGCGCAAGUACGAUUGCAUAAUGUUAAGAUGUUGCUGUUGUUGUACCCAAAAGGUUUUGGCAAGUAAUGGCCAGAUAUUAAUCUACGUCGUUCUGGUUACGUAGAGCCGGCUGACGUGAGAACGGCUAUUAUUGGCUCAAAUGUCUUAAAUGUAAACGCUGAAUUUAUUUGCUUAUAUAAAA